AUGAUUUCAGAAAGUAUUCCAUCAAGUGGUCAUGGUCAUAUAGUUACCAAAGCAGUAGGAGAAAAGAAUACUACUAUUGAUACUGAUAUAUCUAUGAAUUCAUCGACAAAAACUAUACCAGAUUGUAAUAAUACUAAUAACCAAGAUCAAAAAAGUCAACAAAAUCAAACUUUUGACUCAAAAAUCACCACCGCAACAGCUGUCGUCAAUACUUGCGAUGAUGCUGAUGUUAAAAAGAAAUUGAUUGAAAAUGAUUAUUAUGAUGUUAUAAUCAAAGUAUCCGAUAAUGAUGAUUGUAUUGAUGGAGGUGACGAUGAAAAGGUUGGGAGAGAGAGUAAAGAUAACAAAAAAUUUAAAAUUUUUAAAACUAAUUCCAAGCUAUUAAGCUCUAAAAGCUUGCACUUUAAAAAAAUUUUAUCGGAAGGAACUGAAUUUUUAGAUUUAUGGUUGUGUUCAAGAGAAUUUAUGUUGGAAGGAAUAGAGAGACAAAUUAAAGAAGUGUUUGAGACGAAAUCUUUGAAAUUAGAAAAACAUUUUAUAAGCAUUUUAUUAAAAAUUAUGGAAAAUGAGGAGUUGAAAGGGGAAUUUCUUUACAACUGCGUAGAAAUUAUUAAUACAACUAAUUGGAUAUUUCAAGGCAAUUUACCACUAAGUUCAUUGGAUGAAAAUUUUAUUAAUAAAUUAUUAAUAAAUGAUGGAAAUUAUUUUAUUAAUGAUGGAAUUAUUUGGAAAAUAUUGAUUAAAUGGGCAAAUGUUAAGGAAAUCGAUAUAAAUAACAAGAUUGACGUUAAGACGUGGACAUCAAAAGAUUUAGACGACUUGAAGAUUAAAAUAGGAAAAUUCCUGGCACUGAUAAAAUUUUCUUUAAUUUCUAGGAAUGAUUAUUACGAUUAUGUGUUACCAUUCAAAGAAAUCCUACCAGCUGACACAACAAACAAUGCAGCUUUACAAUAUUAUCUUUAUUGUUCAAAUGAGAAUGGUCAACCUAAACCUGAUGUAUUAAGACCGAAUGUAAUAUUGGAAGAUUCAAAAAUCAUUAAUCAUACACAUGUUGCUAUGAUAGCAAGAUGGAUUGAUACAGGAAAAGAACUUUUCAACUAUACUAAUAACCAUAAUAAUUUGGAAGAGCUUCAUUUACCAUCACCGGUAAUGGCGGCAACAACGACUGCAGACACAGGAAGUAAAGAUGGAUUUAAUAUUAAAAGUUAUAAUGAAAAAUGUUCUGAUAGAGGACCAACAAUAAUAAUUACAAAAAUUAGCAAUAAAAGAAUUCUAAUUGGAGGUUAUUAUCCAAUUAAUAUAAAUUCUACUACUACCAACACUUGUCCAAUCUCGGUUUUUACUGGAUCGUUAGAAGCUUUUAUAUUCUCAUUUGGUGAUAAUGAUAAUCCUGAAUAUGAUGGAAUCAUUAGUAGAGUAUUAAAAGAUCAUUCUCAUCAAUCAAUUUGUAAAACAAUUAAUGGUCCUGGAUUUGGUUUAAACGAUUUGAUCAUUAAGUUACUUGAUAGUGAUGGUGGUGUUAAUACUCAAAGGAUUGUUAGUUACACGUUACCACAAGUUGGUGAAAGACUUCGAAUCAAAGUUAUGAUUAUCAUUAUGUUCCUGCAAACAAUCUCAUCUCUCGUUGUUUUAUUAUGGAAAUAUUCAAGUCUUUACUCAACCACAAAUUCAGCUGAUGAAUUUGAAUAUGGGAUAGAUUUUUCUAAAACACUUGUUCAAAGUAUUAAUGGUGAAUUCGAACUUCAUAAAACCAUCUCGUCCCCACCAUCUUCUGAUGGAGAAUUGCAACAACGACAACAUGAGGAAAAACCAAAAGAUGAAGCGGAAGAAAAUGAUCGUGAAAAUGAUAUUCAACCAAUUCCAUUACGCUACAUAAACGAUAAAGAACUUUUAUCUCCUAUUGUCGAUAUAGAUCCUAGAUCAACAGUUAAAAUCGCUAUAAUUAAACCAUCAUUGUCAAAAAUUAAAGAUUAUGAUAUCGACGAAAAAACAAAUCAUCUUAAAGAUACAUUAGAGUCAACUUUACAAUUGGAAUAUGUCAUAUAA